AUGCCUAAGAAUAAAGGAAAAGGUGGCAAAAACCGUCGUCGUGGUAAGAACGAGAACGAGUUCGAAAAGCGCGAGCUGAUCUUCAAGGAGGACCAGCAGGAAUACGCGCAGGUGACCAAGAUGCUGGGCAACGGUCGGUUGGAGGCAAUGUGCUUUGAUGGCGUCAAGCGCCUGUGUCACAUUCGGGGGAAACUUCGCAAGAAGGUGUGGAUUAACCAAGGCGACAUCAUCUUGGUCGGAUUGCGAGAUUACCAGGACUCAAAGGCGGAUGUGAUUCUUAAAUACACUCCGGACGAGGCCAGGAAUCUGAAGACAUACGGCGAGUUCCCCGAGUCCGUUCGCAUCAACGAGACAGUCACAUUCGUGGAGGACGGCUUCGACGAAGACAUCGAGUUCGGCGACGAGAUUAGCUCCGAGGACGAUGCCGACUCCGUCGACAACAUCUGAUUAACAAAAAACAAAGCGACGUCGGCAGGGACGGCGGGGACGUCCGCCUCCGCAGCAGCAGCAGAUGCAGAUGCAGCAGAGUCAGUUCGAGAAUAGGGAAUUAACAAAUUGUAAAAAGCCAACCGCCCCCGCAUCCUGUUGCAGACCUUAAACCCGGCCACCACGCCCCCAAAUGAUCCAACCUAGAGAGAGCGGCACAGCGCGAAGAAACUCAACAUAGAUAUCAGAAACAAAAGCCCAUUUAGUCAUUUUGUUGUUUAAUAUUCUCCAGAAUUUAUAAAUUGAUUUUUGGAGUUUGAAGUGAAUCCGAAAUCCAAAUAAUUUCAUUAACGGCCGCCUAAAUCAAGAACAACCUAUGUAAACCACUAGUAGAACUGUUACCCAGAGCAAAUAAUGCAACAAUGCGAAACAUUAAUUAAUUUUAUUUGAAUUAAACAAAAACUAAGAAAACAACAGAUAUUAGUUAUUAUUUAUCCAAGAAUAUCCAAUUUUCCAACUGAAUUAAAUGAUACAAAACAAAUGAUACAAAAAAUACAAAAACAAGAAAAAAAAUAUAUUAAAACUCAUGAAUAUAUAAUAGAAAUUUAACAAAAUUUAAUGUUUAAGCCAAUAGGAAAGUCGAACAGACAGCGAGAGGAGUUUAGAGAGUUUCAAAUUUAGCUAGCAAGUAAGCAAAACCAACUCUACGAUUUUCGUCAGAUACAUCUGUGAAUGUGUUCUCCCUCCCCCCAAGUGUUCCUUCUCUGCAUUUCGCCUCAUGUCUUGUUUUCAUUACUUUUGUUGAUUUUUAAUGGGUUUUCACACCACUCAUAUUCCAAAUGCCCCUUCUGAUUUCCUUUUUUGCUGUCUACGCAUUCAGUUCUCUCUACUUAGUUUUAAUGGAAUUCGAACCAAAAGAUAAACUUGUAAAAAGUAUAAAAAUAUUGAUUUUGUAAAGAGUUGAACUGCAAUAAAUGGCGUUGAUUAACCCGAAUGCAUAACAGCAAA